AGUCCGCGCUCAUUUAGUUAGUCAUUCACGAACAUUAUUUCCCUUUUCGCUUCGUUAGUUUUGAAAUCAAUGCUAAGUCAUACAACACUUUAAGCGGGAAAAAUACUUCAAUUUCGUAGCGUCUGAGAAACAUUUCGACAUGAAUACAGGAAGAAUGUGAAGAAUGAAGUUACAUUCGUUAUGCAACUGCUAUUGGUCUCUCUUGAAUAAGCACGGGCUUCCCAGAACGAAACAAGUUCGCAGUUAAAGUUCCAGGUUGCGUGUCCACACUCGACACUUUACAGCCCGUGGUAAAGACCACCCACUUCCUAACAGAUUGCAUCUCUUCACUUAAUGCGCGUUUAAUCCAGGAAUAAGAUUCCGCUGAAUUUAUGGGAAAUAUGACUGGGAAAACAACGCUAUUACACAGGCUAAAAGGACUGCGUGAAAGUAUUCAUGACUGACUUACUCAACUGUGGAGGAGAUUUAAGGAGAAAUGUCUAGACUUAGUUGGAUCCAGGCCAAUUUUUGCAAGAGAGAAUGUGUCAAAUUUCUGCCAGCCUCACGUGAUCAUCACAGGUGUUAUCCAGUGUGUCAAGUGUGCCAAAGCUUAGUAAGAUGUUGUUGUGGGAGGCUGAUCGCAGAGCAUGUGGGUCCUUAUUCUGGCUUGCUCGGACAUGGCCCUGGUCCUGACUCCGCUGAGGAGGAGGAGUGGUCAGUGCUGCGGCACACCAGCAGUAGCCCCACUGAUGCUUUCGGAUGGCUGGACUUUCAGGGCAGCACAAAGCGCACAUGUCAUGCCAAGUAUGUCCGUCUUUCCAGUAACACUUCACCAGAGCUCCUGGUCCAAUUGAUGCUGAGAGAAUGGCACAUGGAGAUGCCCAAGCUGGUGAUCUCAGUGCAUGGAGGUACAGAUAACUUCCCUCUGUCUCCACGGGUGUGCCAGGCUUUCAGCACAGGGCUUGUCACAGCUGCAGAAAGCACUGGAGCGUGGAUACUGACUGACGGGAUCAAUACAGGUGUGUCCAAGUAUGUUGGUGAUGCUGUAAAAGUGUAUGGGUCAUAUGACCGCAGGAAGAGGAAUGUUGUGGGGAUCACACCCUGGGGGAUUAUUGAGAAUAACAGUGACCUUAUUGGCCGGGAUGUUUUCAGGCACUACCAGGCUCUGGGUAAUCCUCUGAGUAAACGUGCUAGUCUGAACGGCAUGCAUUCACACUUCCUGUUAGUUGACGAUGGGACUGUGGGUAAAUCAGGUUGUCAAAUAGGCCUGAGGAAAUGGCUAGAAAGGCAUAUACACUUACAGAAGAUCCAUCCUAGGUUGCCUCCGCAUGUGCCUUUAGUGUGUGUUGUAGUAGAAGGGGGUCCUGCCGUCCUCUCAGUGGUGCUGGAUUAUGUGUGCAGAAGUUCUCCUGUGCCUGUGCUGGUGUUUGAGGGAACAGGCAGAGCGGCAGACCUGCUGGCUUUAAUACACAAACAAACAGCUGUAGACAGAAAGUUGGAUUCAGAUAUUAAGGAGGACGUCCUGCUGAGGAUUGAGGAAACAUUUGGUGUGGAAAGACCAGAGGCCUCUGAACUUCUCAACGUACUCAUGGAAUGCAUGGAGCAUAGAGACCUUAUCAGCAUUUUUGAUUCUGAAUCUGAGGACCUUCAAGAGGCAGAUGUUGCGAUCCUGACUACAUCACUGAGAGGUACCAGAGGUUCCCCCGAGGAGCAGCUAAAUAUCACGUUGGCCUGGGACAGAGCUGAUGUAGCAAAGGACAACAUUUUUGUGUACGGACAACAAUGGCAGGUGGGAUCUCUGGAGCAGACUAUGUUGGAUGCGUUAGUAAUGGAUCGUGUCAGUUUUGUGAAGCUGUUGAUUGAAAACGGCAUGACCAUGAACCGCUUCUUGACCGUCUCUCGUCUGGAACAGCUCUACAACAUACAUAAAGGCUUCUCAGAUUGUUUUCUUCGACACCUCAUUGAAGAUGCCAAACAGACUCGUCUGCCUGCUGUUUAUAGGAUGUCUUUAAUUGACAUUGGAAUGGUGAUUGAAUAUCUGAUUGGUGGAGCUUAUCGAAGCACGUAUACACGCAAGAGCUUCAGAACCAUGUACAGUCGCUUCCAUAACCCAGCUAAGGAGGGUGCUAAGGAGACAUCCAGCCCCUUCAGCAAGGCCAGGAAAGCAACUUCAGAGUCCUCCCCAUCUCGCUCCCAUUUCCACAGAACUGCUCAGCCGUGCAGACACCAGGAGGGUGCGGUAGCGCCUCAGGACGUGAAGUCAACCCAGAGCCCCGAGUUUGUAUGCACUUUUAACGACCUGUUUGUGUGGGCAGUGCUCAAGCAUCGGCAAGAGAUGGCGAUGUUCCUGUGGCAGCAUGGAGAGCAGGCUAUGGCCAGGGCGGUUGUGGCCUGCAAACUUUACCGUGCUAUGGCAAUGGAAGCCAAGGAGAGCAAUAUGGGUGACACCAUGGCUGAGGAGCUGAAGAAGAACUCUCUAGAGUUUGGACAGUUGGCUGUGGAUCUCUUGGAUCAGGCUUUCAAAAAGAACGAGCGCAUGGCAAUGAAGAUGCUGACCUGGGAGAUGAAAGACUGGAGUAACUUCACCUGUCUGCAAAUGGCCGUCUCCUCAAGACUCAGGCCUUUUGUGGCUCACAACUGCACUCAGAUGCUCCUCACAGACUUGUGGAUGGGCCGGCUCAACAUGAGUAAAAACUCCUGGUUCAAGAUCAUUGCCAGCAUCCUGAUGCCUGUGGCCAUUCAGAAGCUAGAGUUUAAAAGUCAGGCAGAGAUGUCCCAUGUUCCUCAGCCCCAGGAAGCCUUGCAGUUCGGUUGGGAAUCAGAAGAAGAAGGGGCAACAAAUGCAGUUCAGGGUGAUGAGGAGAGAGGGAGCAGAUGUCUUUGUUCCUGGACCAGAAAGGUGUAUGACUUCUAUACUGCUCCGGUGGUCAAGUUCUGGUUUCACACAAUGGCAUUUUUGGGUUUCCUCAUGAUGUUCUCCUAUACUGUGCUGGUGAGGCUGGAUGAGAAACCCAACAUUCAGGAGUGCUUGGUCAUAACUUACAUCCUGACCAUGGCAGCGGAGAAAGCUCGAGAGGUGUGGGUUUUGGAGCCCAGGAAAUUCACUAUGAAGCUGAAGGUGUGGUUCAGCGAGUACUGGAAUAUCAAUGACUUCAUGGGCAUCAUCCUGUUCCUGGUCGGGGUCUCCCUCCGUUGGCAUCAAGAAACACGCUUAGCCAGUCACAUUGUCUACUCUUUGGAUUUCAUCUUCUGGUCUGUUAGGCUUUUAGACCUUUUUGCUGUCAAUCAGCAUGCAGGACCCUACCUGACCAUGAUCACCAAAAUGAUGAGCAACAUGUUCUAUAUCGUAGUCAUUAUGGCGAUUGUGCUGGUCAGUUUUGGCACGUCCAGGAAGUCUAUCCUGUCCCCAAAUGAGGAACCGUCCUGGAGUCUGCUCAGAGAUGUAGUCUUUCAGCCCUACUGGAUGAUGUUUGGGGAGGUGUAUGCUGGAGAGAUUGAUGUUUGUAAAGAUGAAACCUCCUGUGUCCAUGGAGCUUUCCUCACCCCCUUCCUGCAGGCUGUCUACCUUUUUAUUCAGUACAUUAUCAUGGUCAAUGUACUCAUUGCAUUUUUCAACAAUGUUUACUUUGACAUGAGCUCCAUAUCCCGUAAGCUGUGGAAAUACAACCGCUAUCGUUACAUCAUGACUUAUCAGGAGAAACCGUGGCUGCCACCUCCUCUCAUCCUUCUCAGUCAUAUGACUCUGUGUCUUAGCUCUAUGUGGCAAAAACACAGAAAGGCAUCCAAACAGGGAAGAACAGGUCUGAAAUUACUACUGGCCCCUGAUGAUCUGAAGAAGUUGCAUGAGUUUGAAGAGAAGUGUGUCGCUGGAUAUUUCAGAGACAAAAAAGAGAGUCAACAAGGCAGUGAAAUCAACCGGAUUCGCUCUGCAGCUGACAAGGCUGAAGAGAUGGCUGGAAUAUUAGUUGAGGUUGCUGAGAAGAUCAAUAUCAUCCAGGACAAUAUGCGCACUUUAGACAGUCACCUGGGUGAGUUGCAGGACUUGUCUGCUUUAGCAGUGGACACUCUAAACGUCCUCUCAGCCACAGACAACCAGCAGCAAGAGGUCGCCCGCCUUGGUCAGAGCCGCAAUGAGCAAGUGUCCCAUAGCUGCUGUCUCCGCAUUGGCGGAAGUGUCGGCCCCAGCCAUGCGCUUCCAUCUCCGAAGCACUACCGCAGUAUGCCACCUUCCCUGCUCAGAGGCUUGGGGCCUGGCCGGCAGCGUCCUUCCCUGGAGCUGCCACCAGGGACGAGUGCUGGAUCCUUUGAGGUCAGGAGCAAAGGAAUGUUGGAAAGCCCACAGGAAGAAGAUGGUAGUUUUAGGUGGACACUACAGCGAAGUGAUUCAAGAGAAGGUGUAUGCCAUCGCUCUUUACCUCACCUAUGCACUAGAUUGAGGGACAAGGGAAUGUAUGGAUCUGGGGAACCAUCCCGUGCAAGUUCUCCCACUAUGCCUCUGAUGAGAGACUUCCAGCUUCAACCUAGCCAUGAGGAGUCUAUGGAGGAAGAGGAUGAUGAGGAUGCAAUGUCCAGAUCCUCCAGCCGUAUGUUCCUACUUACAGAUUCCCACAGUGAUGAAGAUCGACCAGCGGGGAUCAGAAACCCUGCAUUCUAUAGGCUUGAUGAUGCUGGACACUUCACAAGACCUCAACGACUUUUAGGCCAGAAAUGGGCCUUUGACCUGGAGCAGAGCCGCUCGCUCUCGGCCAGUGUGGAGACUAUGGCCAUGCCCGAUACGCCGACAUCGGAGCACGGCAAACAUACACUUCUGAUGCCUCCCCACCACAGCCAUGACCAGAGAGGGUUAUCUAAGAUCUUUAAGAGACAAAGGUCAUUUGGGAAGAAGUCCAUAAAGACCAGAACAGGAACCCCUGAGAAUGUAAAACUAGAUGAAACACACAUCCAUGAGUUUGACCCACGCAGAAAAAUGAAGAGGAAAGUAAAAGGCCUGUUUGACCGGAGAUUCAGAGCCUCAGUCAGUCUCACCCAGCUGAAUGUUGACCAAGUGGAUUUCACUAAAUUGGCCCCAUCAUGGCUGAAUACUGUUACCCCUGGGCAGCCACUUUUAAGCAGCUGGGCAAGGCCUGUCAGUCAAAGACCCUCGGUAAGCAAUAUGACACAAGAAGUAAAGGGCUCUACAUUUAAGCUGACUGAAGAUUUAGGCCAGCAUUACUCAGCAAUGGAGAGGAACAACCUUAUGAGAUUGGCUCACUCUAUACCAUUCACCCCCCUGUCAUUAAUGGGUGGUGUUGAGGUCUGUAUAUAUUCACUUGAGGAGGCAAAAGAAGGGUCUUCAUUUGGAGAUCAGUCCUCUAGCAUUUCCACGUGGAUUCAGCACGGACGUACAGCUGUUCUUCAACCGUUAGCCCACCAGGAGGUGCUAGAUGGGGGCCUGCGCAGGGCCACCAAGGUGGUGUGUACCUGGUCUGAGGGUGAUGUGUUGAAGCUGGGAUCAGUGUAUGUGGUGAAAGCCUUUAGGCCAGAGGUGGUUCGCAUCUGGCAGAAAGUGUUUCCAAUCAGCACUUCACUUCAUCUCUGCCUGCGGGAAAUCCAACAACAGAGAGCAGCACAGAAUCUCAUGCAGCGAUUCAACAAAAUUAAACCUAGCAGUGUGCACUACAGUCCUAGGUUUCUGGAUGUCUCCUUGCUGCACUGGCGCUCCGACGGCCAGUGGUUGACUGUUGAGAAAAACAUGAGUGGUCAUUUCAGGAAAUACAACAAUAAUACGGGAGAGGAGAUCUCGCCCUCCUCUGGUCUGGAAGAAACGAUACUGGCAUUCUCUCACUGGACGUACGAGUACACCAACAGGGAACUGCUAGUGUUGGAUCUACAAGGUGUGGGAGCGGACCUCACAGACCCAUCACUGAUCAGAGUUGAUGAUACAAGCUCCUCUGGAGAGAUGGCGUUUGGACCUGCCAAUUUGGGUGAUGAUGCAAUCCAGAGCUUUGUUCUCAAGCACACCUGCAACUCCUGCUGCAAGAAGCUCGGUCUCUCAGAUUUAAGGAGCUGCGGCAGCCAAAGGAAGUCAGUUCCUGGCUUUGAUGAGGCGAGCAGCAUAGUUUAACCUCUAACCUGGAAGAAGACUCCGUUUCCAGGGAACUCAUCUUGUUCACAUCCUGUUUCAUUCUCUAAUCUCUAGGGAUGCACUGAAUUUUUUUUAGCCGCUGAAAAUUAUCGGCCGAAAAUGGCAUUUUCGGUUGUCGGCCAAGAGAGAAAAACGGCCCGUGUUGAAAAUGGUCCUUAGCUGAGCAUGAGCUGGUUUAAGGUGGUCCAAAGCAACUAGUUCCUGCUCAGGACCAUCUUAAACCAGCUCAAACCAGCAGCCAUGCUUCAAAACAUAAAUAACCAGCAUAUGCUGUUUUUUUUGAGCAGGGCCUGAAAUAUAUAUAUACGUGUGUGUGUGUGUGUGUGUGUGUGUGUGUGUGUGUGUGUUUGUGUGUAUAUAUAUAUAUAUAUAUAUAUAUAUAUAUAUAUAUAUAUAUAUAUAUAUAUAUAAAUAAUGCACCAAUAGGAAAUUUCUAUGUAGUAUACUAGGCAACUGUACUGGGCAACACUGGUAAAAUGACACUACCCGUUCAUCCACUGAUCUGCUUCCACUCCGCUCUGCUCACAUGCAUCUAAGUGCAUCCAAAAUUUUCGGUUUCACUUUCAGCCCAGAAUUUUCAUUUUGGUGCAUUCCUAAUCUGUAUUUGCAUUUUUUUUUUUUUACUGACUGAAUAUGUAAAAAUAGUAAAGAGCUGCUCAAGGUGACAAAACGUUUACUUUUGCAUUAGUCAUAGCUCAGGCUUUUUUUCCAUUAUAAACAAUAUCAUGUAUAUCAGUUGAUAAGGGAAGUAGUUUCAGUGAUCAUACAGUUUUCCAUUUCACAUUUUUUAUUCUUUUAUCAGUUCAUGUUUUUACCAAUGUAUGGUGUAAACAUUGUUCAAAAUAUAUUUUUGUUUAAAAAUAAAUAAAUAAAACUAAUAAAGUACUGUAUAUGACACUUUGUAACUCCCUGUGAGUGCAAAAUAUAAUUGAGUAUUUUUGUCUUGUUUUCAAAAAAACCUAAACAUCCUAAAAACAAGAUUGAUUCAGUUGAAUUGUUUUUGAAAGAUGAUAAGAAAAUACAUUACCAGUCAAACGUUUUUGAACAGUAAGAUUUUUUGUUUUCUAUUUGAAAUAUUUAUUCUUGUGAUUUCAAAGCUGAAUUUUUAGCAUCAUUACUCCAAUCACUUGAUUCUUCAGAAAUCAUUCUAAUAUUCUGAUUGUCUGCUUUAAAAAUAUUUAUUAGUAUUAUUAUGUUGAAAAGUAGAGUAGAGGUUUGUUUCUCAAAUAGAAAGUUUAGAAAAACAGCAUUUAUUUGAAAUAGAAAUCUUUUGUAACAUUAUAAAUGUCUUUAUCAUCACAUUUUAUUAAUUUAAAGCAUCCUUGCUAAAUAAAAGUAUUAAUUUCUAUAAUUUAUUCACCAAAAUACUCAACUGUUUUAAAUAUCGAUAAUAAUAAUAAUACAAAUAAAAUGUUUCUUGAACAGCAAAUCAGAAUAUUAUAAUGAUUUCAGAAGUAUCAUGUUACACUGAAGACUGCAGUAAUGAUGUUGAAAAUUUAGCUUUAAUCACAGGAAUAGAUUACAUUUUAAAAUAUAUUUAAAUAGAAAGCCAUUGUUUUAAAUUGUAAAAAAUAUUUCACAGUAUUACUGCUUUUGCAGUAUUUUGGAUCAAAUAAAUGCAGGUUUGGUGAGCAGAAGAGUAUUUUUUUUUUUAAAAAACAUUAAAAAUAUUACUGUUCAAAAACUUUUGACUGGUAGUGUGUAUCUUGAAAAUUAUUCUUCUUACUCCACUAGCAAAAGUCUUGUGCAAGUCAAUUUAUUUCAUAAGAAUACUGCAUUAGGUAAUAAGACUUGUUCUCAGAAACUAUAUUUCAUUUUUUGUUCAAAUCAUUUAAGCUUAAAUCUACAGCAAAUGUCGUGAGGUUCAUGCUUACGUUUGCAAAAGGGUUAAGAAUCUUGGAUCUAUUCUCUAAUCUUACACACUUUUGCUUUUAAAAUAAAUGUAUCUAUUUUUUACUGGAACACAAGACUGAUUAAGAAU